GAAGGAAAAAAACAAACAUAAACUCAGCACUCUGCUUCUACGUCGCAUCAGCUCUGUUCCAAACCCUAAAAGCAAUGCCUCCGAAAGCAGCUAAAUCCAAGGAAGCACCAGCCGAGAGGCCGAUCCUUGGCCGAUUCUCUUCUCACCUCAAGAUCGGAAUCGUUGGAUUGCCUAAUGUGGGAAAAUCUACUCUUUUCAACACGCUUACUAAGCUUUCAAUUCCUGCUGAGAAUUUCCCCUUUUGUACAAUUGAGCCAAAUGAAGCCCGAGUUAAUGUCCCCGACGAGCGAUUCGAAUGGCUUUGCCAAUUGUUCAAGCCCAAAAGUGAGGUUUCAGCUUUCUUAGAAAUUCAUGAUAUCGCCGGACUGGUUAGAGGUGCCCAUGAAGGCCAAGGAUUGGGCAACAACUUCUUGUCUCACAUCCGUGCAGUUGAUGGCAUUUUUCAUGUUUUACGUGCAUUUGAAGAUUCAGAUAUCAUCCACGUUGAUGAUUCUGUUGAUCCUGUAAGAGAUUUAGAGACUAUUAGUGCUGAGUUACGGUUGAAGGAUGUUGAAUUUAUGGAAAGGAAGAUAGAAGAUCUUGAGAAGAGCAUGAAGAGGAGUAAUGACAAGCAGUUAAAAAUAGAGCUUGAAGUGUGUCAAAGGGUUAAGGCAUGGAUUGAAGAUGGAAAAGAUGUUCGUCUAGGGGACUGGAAAGCAGCUGAUAUUGAGAUUUUAAAUACUUUUCAAUUGCUUAGUGCCAAGCCGGUUGCUUAUUUGGUUAACAUGACUGAGAAAGAUUACCAAAGAAAAAAGAACAAGUUCUUACCGAAGAUUCAUGCUUGGGUUCAAGAACAUGGUGGUGAACCUAUCAUACCUUUUAGCGGUGUGUUUGAGAGAAACCUUACUGAUAUGGAACCUGCAGAAGCUGCAAAAUAUUGUGAGGAAAACAAGGUGCAAAGUGCUCUUCCAAAGAUCAUCAAGACUGGUUUCUCCGCUAUUAAUCUCAUAUAUUUCUUCACUGCAGGACCAGACGAGGUAUCUAAUUCUUUGAUACUUAUUUAUUUUAUGGGAGUGCUUGGUUCUAUCUAA